GGGGACCCGAAGUAGGUGUUGUGUAGUCCCUGGAGAAGCAAAGCCACGAAUUGGAGGGGAAUUUCUUAACUGGGAGUAAAGCCUGGAGCCUAGGAGGGAAAUCCUUCAGCAUGGGGCUGAGGCCCGACUACACCGAGCCAGUGCGAGGGGAAAGGUGCAGAGAGAUAGUGGGGAGGGGGAGAAAAGAGACCUAGAGGAUGCUGGGCAGGUCUGCUAAGGAGGGAACUAAAGUCAGUCGCAUGACCCUCUUCCAGGCUUAGAUCAGCCUCUCCACAGCACCUAUCCCAGGCCACAGCAUCUGCCCCAAUUUCAGCUGAAGACUCAGGGGACCCAGGGACUGGACGAAAUCGCAGUGCUGCUUGGGAAGAAGACGUAGCAACUUGCCCCAGCCCAACCCCAGAGCGGGGACUGUGAUGAGGGAAGAACCGCUGUGCCGUGUUUGCCAAAUCUGGGCUCACUCUUUAUGAUUCAACUUUGUAACUGCCCUUUGGAGGACCCUGGGCCUCAUUUGAGCACCUUGUCACCUGGGGGUCAGUAAGCUGGACUCACUGGUUGGCAGGGUGAGGGUCACACUUCCACCCAGCUUGAUAUCUGGACGGGAGAAACCCCCUGAGGGUCUGUUGCUCCGGAUCUGGGCUGCUCACAAACCAAGCUAUCUGUUUAUAUGGAGUGCCUGGAGGGCGUCUGCCAUGAGUCUGUCGCUCACCGUACUAACCAGGAGAGCUGGCUGGUUGGGGAGAAGACACUAACCCUGAGCUGUUGGCUAGAGGAAGUGGAGGGGCUGUGGGAUGCGAAGAGCCGAGGGCUAACUCCCGGACAGUGGAACAGAGGGAGCUGCCGACAGACAGACGCAGGUUGAGGAGUCCUUGCCUUGCAGAAUGACCAGUGCAGCCCCUGCUAAGAAACCCUACCGUAAGGCACCACCUGAGCAUCGGGAGCUGCGGCUGGACAUCCCUGGAUCCCGGCUUGAUGAGGAGGUCUGCAAGAUUGGCACCCCCGCCCCAGCUAGCAGGAGCAGGCCCUUGAGGCUGGGAGCCUGGCUGAUUCUCACGCCUGAUCCCUGGUCCUCUGAGGAGUUGCUGACUGAUGCAGAGAGGAUGAAGCUUUUGCAGCAGGAGAACGAAGAGCUUCGUCGGCGCCUGGCAUUGGCCACCAGGCGCUCUGAGGCCCUGGAGCGUGAGCUGGAAAUUGGGCAGGACUGCCUGGAGCUGGAGCUGGGCCAGAGCCGUGAGGAGCUGGACAAGUUUAAGGACAAGUUCCGCAGGUUGCAGAACAGUUACACGGCUUCCCAGCGGACCAACCAGGAGUUGGAGGACAAGCUGCACACUCUGGCCUCUCUUAGCCACAGCUGGAUUUUUGCAAUCAAGAAGGCUGAGAUGGAUAGGAAGACAUUGGACUGGGAGAUCGUGGAGCUGACCAACAAGCUGCUGGAUGCCAAGAACACCAUCAACAAACUGGAGGAGCUCAAUGAACGGUACCGGCUAGACUGCAACCUGGCUGUGCAGCUCCUCAAGUGCAACAAGUCCCACUUCCGUAACCACAAGUUUGCUGAUCUGCCCUGUGAGCUACAGGACAUGGUUCAGAAGCAUCUGCACAGUGAUCAGGAGGCUGCCAGCCCGGGUCCUGCCCCCAGUCUGGCCCCAGGGGCUGUGGUGCCCACCUCAGUCAUUGCCCGGGUGUUGGAGAAGCCAGAGUCUCUACUGCUUAACUCGGCUCAGUCGGGCAGUACUGGGCGACCUUUGGCCGAGGACGUCUUUGUGCAUGUGGACAUGAGUGGGGGUGCCCCAGGUGACCCAGCCAGUCCCCUGGACCCUGGCAGCCCCAGCCCCCAGCCCAAUGGGGAGUGCAGUUCUCUGGGCACUGCUAGGGGCUCCCCAGAGGAGGAGCUGCCCCUGCCAGCCUUUGAAAAGCUGAGUCCCUACCCUACCCCAUCCCCUCCACACCCGCUGUAUCCUGGCCGCAAGGUAAUAGAGUUCUCUGAGGAUAAGGUGCGGAUCCCCCACAACAGCCCCCUGCCCAACUGCACUUACGCUACCCGCCAGGCUAUAUCCCUGAGCCUGGUGGAAGAAGGGAGUGAGCGGGCCCGCCCCAGCCCGGUCCCUAGCAGUCCUGCCUCAGCCCAGGCCUCACCCAAUCACCAGGCCAGCCCAGGUGCCCCAGUACUCAGCUCCCAGGCCAGCUCAGCCAGCUCUGAGGAGGACCUGCUGGCCAGCUGGCAGCGGGCAUUUGUGGACCGCACUCCACCACCUGCUGCUGUGGCCCAGCGCACGGCUUUCGGACGUGAUGUGCUCCCUGAGCUGCAGCAACAUUUUGCCCUUAGCCCCACUGACCGAGAUGAUGAGGUUCAGGCAACUUUUUCCCCACUCAAUGAAAGUGGGCUUUUGCUGCCCACAGAACCUGACUCUGGCUUUCCCAAGGAGGAGGAAGAGGAAGAGCUAAACCUUCCCAUCAGCCCCGAGGAGGAGCGUCAGAGCUUGCUGCCCAGUGAUGGUGGCACAGAGGAGGGGCCUGGUACUUCCCACACUGAGGGCAGGGCCUGGUCACUGCCCAGCUCCAGUCGCCCCCAGCGCAGCCCCAAGAGGAUGGGCGUGCACCACCUGCACCGCAAGGACAGCCUGACCCAGGCCCAAGAGCAGGGCAAUCUGCUCAACUAAGGUCUCUGCUUGCCUUCCUGCCAUUGCUGCACCAGGGCUGCAUGAGGGCCCUUCCCUUGCAGCUCAGGGUCCCCAGCCCAGCCCAGCCCCAGCCCUCAUGCUUUCCCAAGUCUUUACGGCUCUGUUUCCUGUGUAGGUGGGGUCCAGAGAGGGGCUACACCAGGCCUUUCAUUUGUGUUGUGACAGGCACCAGCCUGCCCCAUGGCAUUACCCUUUUCUUGGAUUAUUUAUCUUCUGAAGGUAACUUGCAGCUGGGUCUCAGGAACUUUCCUUUGACCAGCUUCAUCCAGGUUGGGCUGUUUGGGGAGCUUAGGGUUUGUUGCAUCCAUGUUUACCCUCCAGCUGCCUUUCUUAUCUGAGUUUUGUUUGCUUUUUGCAGGGAGUUGUGGUUGGGGUUAUUAACCUCCAAUUUCUGUAUUUUCCCUGCUUCCCUCUCCCCCCAUAUCCUCUGUGGGAGCUGCUGCCUUUAAGGGGCUUGGCACGGUUGGCUCCAGGGGGAUGAGAGGGAGGGCUGACUCAGGGUGCUCCUGGCUGUUUCCUUCCUCCUUCUGGAAGGGAGUGAAGGGUGGGGUUCAAGGGCCUCAAGCUGGGCUCUGGGUGGGGCCUGGCCCCUCUCCCAACCUUGGCUCUAGACUGUUACUCCCAGCUUUGGGGAAUUUUCACAUUGAUGACUAUUUUAAAAUCAAAUAAAACUAUUUUACUGGUA